AUGUCUCUACAAACGGACCCCUCGUGGCGCGAAGCCAUGGCUCCUUUCUUCGCUGAGUCGGCUGCCAAUCCACGACCUCCGAUGACCGAUGCCUUGACCAUCCGAUCGGUGGUAGAGCCCAGCUUAUCGAAAUGCCUGGAAGAACUUCCCAACUUUCCAGACAUCGAGCACGAGAUACACAAUAUCACUUCCUACGAUGGGCAUACGAUUGCCAUUCACCGGUUCUGGAAGAAAGUACCCCAUACAGAUACAACCACACCCGGUCCAGCAAUUGUCCACACACACGGCGGUGGCACCAUCUUAGGUAACGUGGAAAUGUUCCGCGGAUACCUCAGCCAGCAGAUCCAACAGCAUGGCAUCCAGAUCUUCUCCGUUGAAUACCGGCUAGCACCCGAGAAUCCCUUCCCCACGCCCGUGGAGGACUGCUACGCCGGCCUGGUCUGGGUGAACCAACACGCGCACCAAUUUUCCAUUGACCCGCAUCGCAUCGCGGUGAUGGGCGAAAGUGCUGGGGGGAACCUGGCCGCUGGUAUCACCUUGAUGGCCCGCGACCGUGGGCUCUCGCCCCCGGUGGCGAGGCAGAUUCUCGUCUACCCGAUGCUGGACGACCGCAACACGGCCCCGUACCCAGCCCUCCAGGAUCUGGUGAUGUGGUCAACCGAGUCAAGCAUCGUAUCUUGGUCAGCCUACCUGGGGGCGGAGUUUGGUAGUGACAAUGUAUCACCGUAUGCGGCCCCCGCCCGAGUAGCCAGUGUUGAGGGCCUACCCCCGACGUAUUUGGAAAUCGGCAACCUGGACAUCUUCCGUGACGAGGGACUGAGCUUCGCCUCGCGGAUCGCAGCGGCCAAUAUCGAGGUGGAAGUCCAUAUUUAUCCAGGACUACCGCAUGGGUAUGAUAUGUUUGCGCCUGUUUCAGCUGCGGCGCAGAGGGCGAUCACAGAUCGUGUGCGCGCGGCCUCUACCUUGUAA